AUGAAGAAGUGGAUAAUAGAAAACCCAUUUGACGUGAUGAAAUUUAUACAUUUUGAGAAGAUCGAUAUCACUGUAGAAAAUUGGACUAAUGAAGCAUUUUUCAAUUGGACAGAAGAAAUCCUCUACUCGCCGUCUUUCAUCAAAUACAAAAUUUCGUUUGAAAACUGCUCUAUCGACAAUGAUAUCUACAACUUGCUAGGAUUGCCGUAUAGAACUGUCAAUGGAAGAAGUACUUGGUACUUCAAAAUGCCUGAGAAGAAUCAAGUACUUCAUGUCAUUUAUUACGCAUCAAAAUCUGUUAUUUUCACUCGUGUUGAUAUAGAAGACGUUCCAGAAGUUGCUGUUAUGAAUUUCGAUGUACAACUUAUUGAUUAG